AUGGCAACCCCCUAUGUCACAGAUGAGUCGGGCAAAUACAUAGCUGCGACUCAGCGUGCUGAUGGGACCUGGAGGAAGCCACGGCGAGUGAAGGAUGGAUAUGUCCCACAGGAAGAAGUCCCAGUAUACGAAAACAAGUAUGUGAAGUUCUUCAAGGACAAGCCAGACCUGCCUCCUGGUCUGAGCCCGAAUGACAGCGUUCAGUCCAAAACCCAACAGAAAAGUGACAGCGAUGCGUCUGGUCUCUCUAAAUCUGCCAAACGUAAUAUGAAACGCAAAGAGAAGCGAAAGCAGCAGCAGACGGGAGCAGAAGAGGAGCCGGUGGACUCAGUCAGUCUCGCCGUGGACAACAUGACUAUUACUGAAAAUGCCUCCACUCCUGACGAUUCUUCAGCCGCUUCUGAAAAGGCCAAAAAAAUCAAAAACCUGAAAAAGAAAUUGCGGCAAGUCGAGGAUCUGCAACUAAAAGUGGACUCUGGUGAGAUAAAACAGCCAUCGAAAGAACAACUGGACAAACUGACCCGGGCACAGGCUUUGAGAGAGGAAAUAGAACAGUUGGAGAGAGAAUCAUAA